AAUGGGCCCAGUAUCCUAUUUCCGCGUACGCAUCCCGAGAAAAUCUUUCGAUAUGCCUCUGCCAUGCUGGCCUACCCCGUCGAUUGGUUAGAAAUGCACCUUACGGUCGUUCAUAAGUACACACUCGACUCAGUUGCCAUCUCGCCAGUUUUCCUUCCGCGCGUGGAGUGCACCCUCGGCAACCUCAGACAGUUUUGCAAUCAAAUCUGGGAAGUAAUCCGUCCAUACAUUCGGACCAUCGACCAAGCAGAUUAUCGGUUCCAAAGUUUCGUGUGGCCAAGAGGUGAGCGGGAGCCGGAUACCACAGGAAGAGUAGGGGUAUUAUCAGGGUCAAACAAUAUUAAUACUGGAAGGAUCCUGGAUCCAGAGCGUUUUGUUGAAAAUAUUUCUUGA